AUGCUGCUUCUCAUCAGCCUCUUGCUUGCCCUCUCUCGCGUCAUACUUGCAGUCCUACAAAUCAAAGUGACCGGCAGUGCAGAGAUCUUGUUCAAGCUCAAUGACGGUCAUUCGACCGUGACGGGUAGAUCUCGACUCUUCUCAAAGACUAUCACGUUUGUUUUCGACAACAACCGAUGGAGAGGAUUUGGCGAUCCGACCAUCGGCACAGUGAACCUGCUCGGUACAAGUAACAACGGAAGAGAUGCACGUUAUCAAGUCAUUUUCAAGACACAGCUGUUUGACGAGAGAGCGCUACCUCGCGGCGACCUGGGCUGCUGUAGCGGCACAAUGAGCUACGUCUUCACGCUGUUUGCCGAAACUCGUCAGAUGGUCGAGGAUAUGAAUUAUCGCUAUGGUGCAGCACAAGUCAAGUGUGAUGCUCUCAUCCGUCAAGCGACUUGCUGGACCCGUCAGAGCGGCAUCCACGCAGACACUGAGAUUGCGACUGCCGAUCUCACCUUCGUAGUCAUAGAUCGUCCAUAG